ACGGUGUAAGUGAGCGCCGGCGUCGCGGCAGCGGAUCCAGAGGAAGCUCGGCGGCGGUGGCUGCUGUAAGCAGGCCGGACGCCUGCUGGCUGACGAGGCUUCCUCUAAAGCUGGCGAAGGCGGGGCCGCAGUCCGAGCUGCCGCAGUAUCUGGACCCACGACGGGGCAGGUGCCGGCAGCGAGGGACGUAGCUGCAUACAGAUCUCAUUAUGCAUCAGAAAAAUGAAAAAACAGAGGAAAAUUCUAUGGAGGAAAGGAAUCCACUUGGCCUUUUCUGAGAAAUGGAAUACUGGGUUUGGAGGCUUUAAGAAGUUCUACUUUCACCAACACUUGUGCAUUCUGAAAGCCAAGCUGGGAAGGCCAGUUACUUGGAGCAGGCAUUUGAGGCAUUUCCAGUGCAGAAAGAAGGCCCUUCAAAUCCAGAAAACGUGGAUCCAAGAUGAACCACUUUUUGCAAAGACAAAAGGCAAUGUGGCUGUCCAGAAUCUUUGUACUUUCUCCUCUAAAGUGAAAAGAAAGGACACCAAGCACUUCAUUUCCUCCUCAAGGACCUUCCUGAAACCCCAGGCAGAGAAGUUGCUGUCAUCAGCAAAGAACUCUGAUCAUGAAUAUUCUGGAGAGAAAAGUCUCUUGAAGGCAGCUGUUGACUUACCAGUGAAUAGUGUUUUAGGUCAGGCCAAUGGUCACAGACCUAGGACGGAGCCACAAGCUUCUGAUUUUCCUAUGAAGUUCAAUGGGGAGAGCCAGAAUCCAGGUGAGAGUGACAGAAUUGUGGUCACCUUAAGCAACCAUAAGAGAAAGCGCUUUUGUUAUGGCUGCUACCCAGGGCUGGAGCACCACAGGAACGGGGGACCCUUGAUUCCAAAAAAAUUUCAACUUAACCAACAUAGAAGAAUAAAAGUAUCUCCUCAUAUGAUGUAUGAGAAAUUAUCCAUGAUUAGAUUUCGGUACAGGAUUCUCAGAUCCCAGCACUUCAGAACAAAAAGCAAAGUUUGCAAGCUAAAAAAAGCCCGGCAAAGCUGGGUGCAGGUCACUGGGGACCAUCAAGAGACCCUGAGGGAGAACGGUGAGGGUGGCAGUUGCAGCCCAUUCCCUUCCCCGGAGCCUAAAGACCCUUCUUGUCCACAUCAACCAUACUUUCCAGAUAUGGACAGUGAUGCUGUGGUGAAGGGAAAGAACUCUCAUGUGCCUGAGGGCCACACUAAAGGAAGCCCUCUCUUGGACAAGGAGCUUAGUUUAGAUGAAGCAUUCCCUGACCAACAGAAUGGCAGUGCUACAUACACCUGGGACCAGUCACCCUGUUCCUCUCCUAAAUGGGAGUAUACAGAGCUGAUUCAUGACAUCCCCUUACCAGAACAUCAUUCUAGUAACAUGUUCAUCUUGGAAACUGAGAGAGAAGUUAUGGCUCUGGGUCAGGAAAAUCGGACAAGUACUGUCAGUGAUGACAGAGUAAAACUGUCAGUGUCCGGGGCAGAUCAGUCUGUGAGGAGUGUAGAUGGGCCUGUGUCCGAAGAGACUGUUCAGAAUGAGAGCUCGUGCCAGAUGGAUGAGGAUGGCUCUUUCAAACAGAAUAUUCUUAGUUCUAAGUUGCUGGACCACCCUUACUGUAAAAGUCCACUGGAGGCUCCUCUGAUGUGCAGUGGACUCAAACUAGAAAAUCAAGUGGGAGGUGGGAAGAACAGUCAAAAAACCUCUCCAGUGGAUGAUGAACAACUGUCAAUCUGCCUUUCUGGAUUCCUAGACGAGGUUAUGAAGAAGUAUGGCAGUUUGGUCCCACUCAGUGAAAAAGACGUCCUUGGAAGAUUAAAAGAUGUCUUUAAUGAAGACUUUUCUAAUAGAAAACCGUUUAUCAAUAGGGAAAUAACAAACUAUCGGGCCAGACAUCAAAAAUGCAACUUCCGCAUCUUCUACAAUAAGCACAUGCUGGAUAUGGAUGAUCUAGCAACCCUGGAUGGUCAGAAUUGGCUGAAUGACCAGGUCAUAAAUAUGUAUGGUGAGCUGAUAAUGGAUGCAGUCCCAGACAAAGUUCACUUCUUCAACAGCUUUUUUCAUAGACAGCUGGUUACCAAAGGGUAUAAUGGAGUAAAAAGAUGGACUAAAAAGGUGGAUUUAUUUAAAAAGAGUCUUCUGUUGAUCCCUAUUCACCUGGAAGUCCACUGGUCUCUCAUUACUGUGACACUCUCUAAUCGAAUUAUUUCAUUUUAUGAUUCGCAAGGCAUUCAUUUUAAAUUUUGUGUAGAGAAUAUAAGAAAGUAUUUGCUGACUGAAGCCAGAGAAAAAAAUAGACCUGAAUUUCUUCAGGGUUGGCAGACUGCUGUUACAAAGUGUAUUCCACAACAGAAAAACGAUAGUGACUGUGGAGUAUUUGUGCUCCAGUACUGCAAGUGCCUCGCCUUAGAGCAGCCUUUCCAGUUUUCCCAAGAAGACAUGCCCCGAGUGCGAAAGAGGAUUUACAAGGAGCUGUGUGAGUGCCGGCUCAUGGACUGAAUCAGCAGGGACUCUGGGAAGUCUGACCAGGUUGGAGCAGGUGGUUUGUUACUUGAAUCUCCAAACACUUAUUUGAAUUUUUACAGGUAUUUCAAAUCAGUGGUGUUGGGCCACUAUUGUUACCUCAAGUUUAUUUUCUGCCCUUAACUCAUUUCACUAGUGACCAUGUACUAUUUUUUAAUGUUCAGUUUGGUUUCAUCUUUAAUUUUGUGGAUUCUGUGUCUGUCCCCCCCAUAUUUAAUAUUUAUUAUCCAAACGCAUGCAUAUAGACAGAGCAUGCAGUGCAGAGUAUUAAAAAAAAAGCCUAGUAGAUUUGGUGCAGCUUUUGAAACUUAGUUAGACGUGAACUGAAUACAGGUUUAAAUUUUAAUUCCAGAACCUAAAAAUGCAGGAUGUUUUUGAUACAACGUAACUCUGAGAGUAGUAGAUGUUCCCUGGGGCAUAAAGGGUAGCUAGGAGGGGUUUUGACAGUCAGUCCGGUUUUAUUUUUACCAGCAGCACCUUUCAGUGACUUCUCUCUUCAGUGAGUCCCAUUCCUUUUAAAGGAUGAAAAGGAAGUGGCCGUAAACUGACUGGUAUGUUGUUUAUGGUGGCACACAUGUAAGCACAGUGCCUGCCUUGGGAAGAGUUAAGGUAUGAGACAAUGAAAGUGACCGUGAGGGUCCAGUUAUCUUCACAAAUGAGGUUUCAGCCUUGGCUUUAAGAUUUAUAAUAAAUGCUUUAAUCUUAUAAAAAGCUUUUGCUGGAACAUUGAACUCCUUGGAUUCUUCUGGUUUUGAUCCAUUAAAAAAUUAGUAUCUGUCAAACUAGUGGUCAAACAAAUGAGGAUCCAGCCUAAGAGUAAUUUACAAGUUGUCACUUCCCCUGUGUUGUUUCCCACAUGGAAGAAAUUAAGAUUUGCCAAAUACCUAUUUCAAGGGUAUUUAAAAUAUAAACAUUCAAAACCAAAGACUGAUUUUAGGUCUUUUGGACGUGGAUGGGGAAGAGAGGACGGAAAAUGUGAUAAGGGAGACUUGAUACUGUGGGGGUUACAGCAAAUGUUACGAGUUUCCCCCUCAUUUCUCUAAUGAUCUCAGUGAUAUGCAGGGCUUGUGUGUCUCUGCUUGACCACCCCUGAGACUCCAGCACAGGAGUCCUUUUUUUUUUUUUGUUUCCAUGAACCUCAUCUUCUGGGGGAAAGCAGAAGUGGCCCGGUCCUUACCUUUUGCUGCAUCAGGAUUAAAGUAAUGGAUCUAGCAUCUUUAAUAGAGUUUUGUGAUAACUGGAAAGGAAAGGAGGAACAAGCAAAUGGCAAAAGAUACUUGGGUUAAUGCCUUGCUAGGUGUGCGGUGUUGAAAAUAAAAAGCUAAAACGUGCAGUUUUACUUGGCCAUAAGGUAGGGCUGACUGCCAGCAGUUGAGGGUGGAGUCAGAACAUGUUUACGUGCAGGGUUCCCUAUCCCCAGACAUUCCAAGCACCAACACCAGUGUUUACAUUAUAAACAGGCCAGCACUUUCCUGUUCCCUCAGACUCAAAACUCCUUAGUAUAAAACCAGGUCAGUAUUUCUUCUUGUGCUUCAUAUCAUUAGACUGAGAUUAGAGGCACUUUGUGCUGCUACAGGUAGGGCUGCAUCCACAUUGGAAAGGUGACAAAAUGGGUUGGGUGUUUUCCUGAGGUUUUCAGGCAUAAUUAUGCAAACGAGAUUUUUCAAAUCUGUAUGCCAGACGUUUGCUUACUUUUUUUUUUUUUUGGUAAUUAGUAAGUAGGCUGUUAAAAAUGUCAUACUUUAGAGUGCCAUAGUUCAUAUCUCACUGACAGAACCAGGCAUGCAAGAGAGUUGUGUUCUGGCAAAAAAUAUUAAUGCCCCAAGCUUGAGUUGUCAUUUCUUUCAGUCUGAGAAAUAGUCAUUCUCUUAGCAGUGAGGCAGAGAGAACCUACAGCGAACUGUCCCAAGUCACGGGUCUGUUUCAUGUCCAGCUUAAUAGGGCACCUUGAGCUACACUGUCCAGCAUGCUUUAGCUUAAAUGUCAAAUAUUUUAAGUCUGGUUAAAAUGUUUCUGUUAUUCAUGAAGCUUGUUUCAGUACACACAGUUACUUCUCACCUGCCCUUCCUACCCCCAAGUCUUGUGAUUAGGUGUAAACCUCUAUUUAGCCCAAGUCCUCCAUUAGGAUGGCCUUUUUUCCUGAUGUUUGUGAUAUGGUUUUUGUGCAACAGAAAUUUCUGAAAUAUAGUCUGGGCUGUUGGUAGAAGAGACAGGCAUUGUUUUGUUUUACUCUCACUAGCUUGGCACUGAAUUGUCUGGGUGCCCACAAGGUGGGCAGAACUUAUGCUUUGGGGGUUGAGGGCAGGCCUUACACAAACUAAAAGCUGCUUAUAAUGUGCCUUCAACAAGUUGCUCAGUCCUCUCCAUCAGCAAACUUACCAGUCUGCAGUUUCUUUUAUCCUUUUGUAGAAUCUAUAGCAAUGAAUGUAGAUUUAGUUCAACUUUUAGUUCUCUCAAACUAAAUGGCUCAGACGGUAAAGCGUCUGUCUGCAAUGCAGGAGACCCCGGUUUGAUCCCUGGGUUGGGAAGAUCCCCUGGAGAAGAAAACGGCAGCCCACCCCAGUACUCUUGCCUGGAAAAUCCCAUGGACAGAGAAGCCUGGUAGGCUACUGUCCAUGGGGUCGCAAAGAGUCAGACAUGACUGAGAGACUUCACUUUCACUUUUAGUUCUCUCAAUCAUAGAGAACCAGUCUUCUCUUAAGAAAGGGAGAAGCAGCAGCUGCUUGCUGCCAGCAGUCCCCAAAUCUUUUUUUUGGCUUUGCUUUUUUCUACGUAUCACUGAAUAUAAUUAACACUGGUCACCUUGAAUUCAUAGUUGUAACAAAGGAACAGACCUGAGACAUUGCCAGCACUAGCCUAAGUAGAGCUGCCCCCUUUCUCUGCAGUUGUGGUUUACUACUUCCUGGGUUAGAAGGAAUAACUGGGAGCUCUGCAUGGAUCAGACCCUUCAGGCAAGAACCAGUGUGUUAAUAGUGUGAAUUAGAUAUACUGACUACCUGCUCUGCUUAAUUGCUAUGAAACUGAACUAAUCAGCAGUUAUAAAGCACAUACUUUGUUAUGUGCUAGGCUCUGCCUCCUGGCCUGUAGAUAAUUUAAGAAGACCUAGGGAAUACCAUCAGACGUGCUAAUUGUAUUUGGGUGUUAACAAAAGCAGAUCUAGACAAGCUGUCCACUUAAAUGGUACCUUUUGGUCAGAAAAAAUUUAUUUAAAGAUUGUGAUCAUGUAAAAUUACUCAAACCUUCUAGCAAAAAUAUUUUUUGAAAAAUAAACUAAAUGCCUUUAUAAAUGUGUGUUCUUGUGUUGGAUAACAUGUACUGUUUGGUGAGUAGUACUUUUUCCCAGUGGCAUUCCGGUCAUGACAAGGCUUAUCUGAGUAGGCUCUAAGCAGCUCACUGUCCAGUGUAGCACUUUCUACAGUAAUGGAAAUGUUCUGUAUUUGCAUCCACUACAAUAACCAUUACCACAGGGAGGUAUCGAGCAUCUAAAAUGUGGCUAAUGUGACUGAGGAACAGUUUUAAUUAGCUGCAUGUAGCAAGAGACUACCAUAUUAGUAACUCUCAAAUCAAAAUGGACAUGCAAAUUCUGCACACCAUUCAGAUUCUCCCCCAAAAUAUAUUAAUAUUCCAGAGUAAGAGUGUUUCAAUGUCUCUUGGUGAGGAAAAACACAGUAAGUUGGGCCAAUUUUAUUGAAAUCUGUUACAGAAGACAAUUCAAAUAUGAAAUACUGUUUGUGGUUUUAAGGCCUGUAGAAAUCUGAAUCACAUUUUACUGCAAAAUAUAAAAUACAUUAAUUCAAACUACUGUAAAAAAAAAAAGACUAUGUCCUCAUUAAAUUACUUGCACAUUUUCCUAAAUACUUACAACUAAUUUAGAGAUAUCCAAAUAGCCAAUUUAAAUUUGAGAAAACACAUGGUAACAUGAAAGCUGUUCACAUUGAGAUACUCCAGCCCCAACUUCACAAACUCCUGGAAAUUAGGAGAUACUUUGUUGCUAGAUGAAAAAAAUCUCACUUAGGUCAGGGACUAGCAGUUUAGUAAGACUAAAUUUAGUCUAGUAAGACUAGUCUAGUAAGAGCAAGAAUUCAUGUAACAUAGAGAAAUCAUCUCUUGCCUUACAAAUGCAAAAUAAAUCCUCUAGACUCCCUUCUGGGAGUUGUAGAGACCAUCAGCUGACUGUCCAGUCUCUGAAACAGGCACAUUUAGGGAAAAAACAAGACAGACUUCAGUAUAAGAACUGGCCAAAA